AACAUAGUCAUUUCAAAUCAUAACACAUGAUAACAUAACGUGACCACCCAAAAAAAUAAAACCAUUAUAAAUAAAUUCAAUCAUCCCCUCUCCCUUUACACACACUUUUCUUACAAUCCAAGCCAUUAAUUGUUUUCCAUUAUAUCAUUAAUUAAUGAUUUUCCGUUUUAUUAUUAAUUAAUUACCUUUGUCCCUUUCAAUUUAUAUACCCCAAACCUGCGCUCUACAUAACUGAAAAACAAACAAACAAACACAAAGGCUUAAAAUGAGUUCUGUUUGUAUAUCAAAUUGUGUGAACGAUGCACGUGAUCCACGCGUGCCAGUUCGAGCCACAUACACAAACCUCUACAAGUGGCCAGAAUCAGAUGCUGAGUUUGUGAGAUCGGUGAGCUUAAACGGAAGAAAAGGAUCAUCUGAUCAUCCAAGGGUGGUGGAUAGCAUUUCAUGCAGACAGAUGUAUCUAAGGAGCUAUACAUUUUCCAGAGAAGAAGAAAAAACCCAAAAAUGUUUUGGUAGGGUGAGAGAGAAAGUGGAUCAUGAUGGAAAGAAGAAAAGAAAUCAAAGUAGAAGAAGGAAUAAGUGUUUGGUUUUAAGUAAAAUGAAGGAAAUUUCUUGUAAUACUUUGUUUCGGAUGUUUCAUAAGUUCUUGUCAUGUGGCACUAGUGUUGAUGUUGUGAAUCAAAAACAACAACAUUGACCUUUGUUUUUAAUUAAUCCUAUGGUUUGAAACUUUGAGGUGAGAAAUUGGUUUUGUUUUUUGCUAAAUAUAUAUUUUGGGUGUUAUUUUUUUUUAUGUUUUUGAUUAAUUUAUUUUUUAUGUUUAUGGCAGUGUCUCUAUUUAUUUGUACAUUAUUUUGUAAUUUUCAAUAAAGAGAUUUGGCUAAUUUUGCUUUG